UGCUGUUACCUGCUAUACAAAGGCCAUCUAGGGAUUCUUCCAUGGUUCUUCUUGCCAUCAGGAUGGAUGUGAUGGAAGAUGUGCUCAUUGCUGCAAUGACAUUGCUGACAUCAUUACGUUCUUGUGAGUAUGCUGCUGACAUGGUGACAGUUGCAUGUCAGGUCGCCGGCGCGGAUGGGACAUGGCACGCGAUGCCUGUUGGCUUGCUGCUGCAUGCGGACUUGAGCCUUUUGCAUAUUCGCGCGGGCUUGAGCCAGCAAUUCCCUAUACUUCUGGACGGAAGCAGGAGAGCAAGCGGCAUCGAUGUCGGCUGGUCAUGGGAGGAGAAGGUCGGCGAAGAUACGGCCUUUCCGUCCACCGUGGUGCAACUCGAAUGGAGUCACGCUAAUCGCCGGGUGCACCGAAGUGUUGUAAGCGAACUCGAUGUCGGGGAGGCGGUCAACCCAAUCUUUCUGGUCCGGAUGGAUGAGCGUACAAAGCAUCAUUUGAGCGGUUUGAUGUGCCCGCUCCGUUUGCCCGUCCGUCUGUGGAUGCCGAGCCGAACUUGGCUUCAUCUUCGUGCCGGACUCCUGCAUGAGCGCAGUCCAAAAUGCCGACAUGAAGCGAGUGUCGCAGUCGCUGACUAUGUCUUCCGGUACACUGUGGCCACAAAUCCAACCGGUGUGCAAGAGGCGUGCCAGCUCGGGAGCCGUGAAGUAGUACUUGCAAGGGAGAGAACGCGCGUACUUACUCAAUCGGUCCACGACCGUGAGGAUGCCGUCGUGUCUGAGGUGGUCGCGGGGGAAUGGUCCGGUGACAUCCAUGGCAAUGGAGAGACCGGGUUCCUGCGGGAUCGGCAUCGGGCGCAGCUCGCCGUAGGGGUUGCAGUUGCGGGGUUUGCUUCGUCGGCAAACUUCGCACGAGUCGCAAUACCUCGUGACGUCGUUGAUGAGGUCGGGCCAUCAGAAUCGUUGUCGAAGCCGUGCAAUAGUGCGGUUGACUCCGAAAUGGCCGGCGAGUCGUGAAUCAUGAUACUCGCCGAGGAGGCGAGUCCGAAGACGGCGGUCGCGUGGGACACAUAGUAAGUCCUUGCCCCG